AUGACACCAGUCUUCCUCAAUAGGGGCAUCAAGUUCUUUUGUCAAUCUCCCUUUUAUUCAUGUCUUCUUAGAGAACUCCCCAACAGAAGUUCUAUUACCAUUGUCACUUUGGUUCUUACACCACUGUUCACUUCGGUUCUUACAGUGUUGUCAUGCAGUCACUUCGGCUCUUACACUGUUGUCAUUCACUCACUUUGGGUUUUACGUCGUUGUCAUCCAGUCACUUUGGUUCUUACACUAUUUAUCAAUUCAUUUGUACGGUUUCUUAUACCGUUUGUCAUUUCAGUUUAUGGUUCUUCUACCGCUGUUACUUCUUUCAGUUCUUAUACAACUAUCACUACUCUCGGGGUCUUCACCUCUCACAUCUACAACUUAUUAACCUACUCUAAACACAGGAUACAUUCCAUAUACCAGAAUCAAAAUCCUGUUCUAAUAGAUGAUAGUAAGGCUCAUUCGGCUCACUACAAGGGGAUGAGCGAGAGAAGAGGAAAUCAGAAUCUAAACCAUGGGAAGCCAUAUAGUGCUCCAGCUGAUAAAGGUAAACAAAGAGCUGCUGAUGGUAAGAGGCCAAGUAGAGGAGGUGCUCUUACUCCUCUUAAGUGUUAUAGGUGCGGUGAUUUGGGUCAUCAUGUCAGUAAAUGUGAGAGUGACGUGAAGAAGUGUUACAAGUGUGGGAAGUCAGGACAUCUGGUUGUUGAUUGUAAAAAGAAUGUGGUGACUUGCUACAACUGUGGUGAACCAGGACAUAUCAGCACUCAUUGCCCGAAGCCUAAGCAAGCUUCAACUAGAGUGUUAGCUCUAAUGGGGACUCAGACUUUCAGUGGUGACAGGUUGAUAAGAGGUAUAUGUUAUAUUAAUAAUACGCCUUCGAUUGUUAUUAUCGACACUGGUGUUACUCAUUCUUUUAUUGUUGUUGACCAUGUGAAAAGGAUAGGCCUUGUCGUGUCUUCUAUGAAUAGAGAAAUGGUUAUCAAAACUCCUACUAAGGGUUCGGUGACUACUAAUUCAGUUUGUUUGAAUUGUCCUAUAUUAAUCUUUGAUAAAGAUUUUGGCAUUGAUCUUAUUUGCUUGCCAUUGGAGAAUCUUGAUGUUAUCUCGGGGAUGAACUGGUUGGAGUUCAAUCAUGUUCAUAUCAAUUGUUAUAACAAGUUGGUGCGGUUUCUUACCCUUGAUGAGGAGGAAAAAGCUGGUUUCUGGUAUGGUAGAGAGUUGAAGGAGCUUUUGGAAGAGGAAGCUCAGGUGUUUGUAUUGUUCGCAGCGUUGUCUGCUAAGAGUUAG